CUUUUUUUGACGCCAAGCCCAGAGAAAUGUGUAUCACGUGAUUGUUCCAUUCUCGCCAAGUUCUCGUCAAAAACAACUUCAUCCCCUCAAAUUCCGGCUCUUCACAGUUCAAUCCAGGUAUUCCACCCGUCCAAUUCCACUCCAACAAUCACAAUGGCUGUAUCACGGAGCGCAGCUCUCAAGCUCGACUGGGCGAAAGUGUCCACCUCCCUCGGCCUCCGGGGCCAGACCGCCACAUCCCUCGCCGCCUUCAAGAAGCGCAACGAUGACGCCCGCCGGAAGGUGCAGCUUCUCGAAGAGCAAGCGCAGACCGUCGACUUCUCGUACUACCGCAGCGUGCUGAAGAACCAAGCCGUCGUCGAUGAGAUUGAGAAGCACUUCAAAACAUUCAAGCCCGCCACUUUCGAUGUGAACAGGCAGCUCAAGGCCAUCGAGGCGUUCGAGGCACAGGCUAUGAAGGACGCGGAGGAGACGAAGGGCAAGGUUGAGCUUGAGUUGCGGAGCCUUGAGAAGACGCUGGAGAAUAUUGAGACAGCGAGGCCGUUUGAGGACCUUACGGUCGACGAGGUCAGCGAGGCUCGACCGGAUAUCAUCGAGAAGACUUCCCAAUUGGUCUCCAAGGGCAAAUGGAUGCCACCUGGCUACAAGGAACGAUUCGGCGACCUUUCCUUUCUGUAAACUACAGAAUUUCCCCGUUUUCCACUUCCAUUUCCGUCUUCGUUUUCCCCCUUUCCUUUUGUCAUCUCUAAGAUAUUUGUUCCAUAUCUAUAACUUCUCAAGUAUAAUCAAAGCUGGCACAAAAUGGGAGUGUGUGCGGGCGGUUGUGUGAUUCGAUUUGGGGCCUUGCGUUUUUAUCAAAAACCUAGGUCCCAGGCGAGAUGUAUAGAAUUUAUGUUUUGAAUUAGAAUUGUUGUCUCCUAUUUUUAUUCCGUGUACCCCGUACUGUUCGAUUCUGGGGACGACGCUCGACUUUGUCUAAAUGUGUGAUACAAGCCCCAACCGACGUCGUCGGCAGAGAGAAUGAAUCACUACAUAGAGGCUGUAACCUUUGUUAAAAAUCAAAAGAAUGAUUGUUUGGAUGUUUAAAAAUUCUCCAGCCUUACCACCGACGAUUUAACAACACCUGUAGCGACAUGGGAUGCUUUGAAGGGGUGAUUGAUUGCCACCCGACAGUCGUCCCGUCCCGUCCAUUUCCUACCUAACCAGGCGACUUUCCGGCCCAGGAUGUAAGGACUCACUUCACCGCCUGCCCAUUAUAAGUUACAACUCAACUGUGUUUUAAAACUUCAAACGUGAAUGUUACAAUCUGAGGCAUGAUAUAGCCAGAGUUCUACGGCGUCUAAUUUUUCCCGUCUGGCUACGUGGGGCUUGGUGAACUGCACAUGCUGAUUCAGAGGCAGUCACAGAAACAAAAAGAAAAAGAAAAAGAAGAAGAAAAGAAAAGAAAAGAAAAGAAAGAUCACGAUGCUUUAUGGUAGAUGUCUUCAAAGCAUAGGUUAGUCUUGGGCGCUACGUUUACAUAGGGCUUUGAUUAUACUAUACAGGCAGCUGAAGGGGGAUAGGAUAGUCUCCCGCCAACCCUAUCAGUGACAUGCUACUCGAUAUCAGAGUUAUUUAAAUCGCAGAGCCCUAAGGUAAGGUCAUUUGCACGGGCUACAGGCCCUAUUAGAAAAAGGAAGAAAAGGGCGCGAUUGCAACUGAAUGCCACGGGGUGGAAGUGCUGCCUCCGGUCACUACCUUUUCAAAACUAUUAGGCCAUGAUGCAAAAACCAGCUGGGUGGGUUCAACAGCCACCUCGAUAUGUAUGAAGCUCAAGGAGACGUGCAGGCUCAACCAAUCACUGGAGAACUACACAACGCACGGCGACGGGAGAAAGACAUAGCACGGUUGACUUGACAGGAGCCUGAAAGAUGCAGCACGGGGGAGCAGGUGGUGAUGAACGCCCGGCGGCCUAACCUAGCCACGCAUCAAUAUCUGGAGACCGUCAUAAAAGGCGUCACGCGUUGCGUGAACUUGUCAGCUAGUCCUGGCAAGUCGAUGCUGUGGGCAUAUUUCACGCUUCUGGGAUAAUAUGUACAUAUAUGUACAUGUACAUGGGGGCAGGAGGUAUGUUGUUCGGCGGCUUCGGCCCCAGGAACUCUGUCAUGCAAGAGUAUAUAAACGUCACCCACUCCAACUGGCUACACUGGGCUCCCCACACCAUUUCUACGACUGCUUCCCAAGGACUGCCGCCAGCGGGCAAUGGUCUCUUCGGUGGUAAAACGGAAAUUAAGGGAUGGUCUAGAAAUUGGAUCAACGGAUGCGGCUGGGCUGGCAUGGUUAUUUGCAUGUUAGAAUACACUAUUCUCAAUCAUUUCCCAGAAGCAUAACACUGUGUGUGUCAUGGACUGAGAUGGCAUGCAAUGUGUCAAGACCCAGCCUGCCGGCCAGAGUCAUAUAGAUAUUGUGCAACAUGUUUUCACAAUUCACUUAUGUCACCAGCUUCAAUGCCCUGUUUCAAUGCAGCUAUCUACAAACUAAUUUCUAAUGUGUCUUGAGAAUAUGUUUAGGAAGAGUAGUUGCUUGAGAACUGAUAUCAAAUCCAUAAAAAUCAUGAACAGGGGUACGUACUUCCACUUUAUCCUCAGGUGGAAUCAACAACUGACAGGCAAGAAUUAAUAAAUGAACAAUGCAAUUUUGACUGAGAACUUAUCAGUGAU